UAAGAUAUUUGGGGUGAGGAAAGCAGAAUAGAGAUAAACCCCGCCAAAUGUUGAAUCCUGAUAAUUGAGAUAUAGUUACUUGCCAAUCUAUGCCAUGGCACGCACUCUGACACUACCACCCAUCUCUUACACUCUUGCUAAAACCCUAAAACCCAUUUCUCCAUUCCCCAAAUCUCUUCCCUUCUUCUCUUCAAGCCUUUCUCGCCCGAAGCUCACUCGCCGCUCCCUAUCUCGCUCCGUCCUGCGCUCUACCGUCGGCAAAUUCUCCGGCAGUGUCGAUGAUGAAGAAGAAUUAGAAGAACUGGAUGAGCUCGAUGUCAUCGCCCUCGAGCAAGAAGCAAAGGACGCAGCCCAAGCUUAUUCAAACUCUCUGUCUCAAGUUCUGAGCAUCGAAGACGAGGAGAAAAAUGAUCGCAAGGAAACAGCUCAAUCCCGCAGGAGGAGUACACGUAGAACAAAAUCUGUUAGUAUCCCGGACAAUCUUCUCCAAAGGGUUGCAAUUGUUGGAAGGCCAAAUGUUGGCAAGUCAGCAUUAUUUAAUCGUCUUGUUGGGGGAAACAGGGCUAUUGUAGUUGAUGAACCUGGGGUUACCAGGGAUCGUUUAUAUGGUCGAUCGUAUUGGGGAGAGCAUGAGUUCAUGGUAGUGGACACAGGCGGGGUUAUCACUGUUUCAAAGUCACAAGCUACUGUUAUGGAAGAGCUGGCUAUUACUACUACCAUUGGUAUGGAUGGUAUUCCACUUGCUGUUAGAGAAGCAGCUGUUGCCAGGAUGCCCUCAAUGAUCGAGAGACAAGCAACUGCAGCUGUGGAAGAAUCAUCUGUUAUUAUUUUCCUGGUCGAUGGUCAGGCUGGACUAACAGCAGCUGAUGAGGAGAUUGCUGAUUGGCUACGUAAAAACUACUCAGAUAAAUAUGUUAUUCUCGCAGUUAACAAGUGUGAAUCUCCUCGCAAAAGAAUUAUGCAGGCAUCUGAAUUUUGGUCCCUUGGAUUUGAACCACUUCCAAUAUCAGCAAUCUCAGGGACUGGAACUGGAGAGCUUCUUGACCUUGUUUGUUCUGGCUUACAGAAAGUUGAGGAAUCAAAUAUUCUUGAUGAAGAAGAAGAUUAUGUUCCUGCAAUUUCAAUUGUUGGUAGACCGAAUGUUGGCAAAAGUAGCAUUUUGAAUGCACUGGUUGGUGAGGACAGAACAAUAGUUAGCCCCAUCAGUGGCACUACUCGUGAUGCUAUUGAUACUGAAUUUACUGGUCCAGAUGGACAGAAGUUCCAACUUAUUGAUACUGCUGGAAUCAGGAAAAGAGCAGCCAUAGUAUCAGCUGGGAGUACAACAGAGGCUUUGUCAGUGAAUCGAGCAUUUCGUGCUAUUCGUCGAUCUGAUGUUGUUGCUCUUGUCAUUGAGGCCAUGGCUUGUAUCACAGAACAGGACUACAAGAUAGCUGAGAGGAUAGAAAAAGAAGGAAAAGGUUGUGUGAUAGUUGUAAACAAGUGGGAUACGAUACCAAAUAAAAAGCAGCAGACUGCAUUACACUAUGAGGAAGAUGUCAGGGAGAAGCUUCGUUCACUUGAUUGGGCUCCAAUUGUUUAUUCUACUGCUAUAGCUGGUCACAGUGUUGACAAGAUUAUUGUUGCAGCUAGUGAAGUUGAAAAGGAAAGAUCUAGAAGACUUGGCACUUCUAUAUUAAAUCAAGUAGUUCUGGAAGCAGUAGCUUUUAAGCCUCCUCCUAGGACACGUGGUGGAAAAAGAGGGCGUGUUUACUAUUGCACUCAGGCUGCUAUAAGGCCACCAACAUUUGUGUUCUUCGUCAAUGAUGCAAAACUUUUUCCCGAGACUUACAGGCGGUAUAUGGAGAGGCAGCUGCGUGCAGACGCAGGUUUUUCUGGAACACCCAUACGACUUCUAUGGCGCAGCAGAAGGAAAAUGGGGAAAGAUGAAGGAAAAGCAGUAACAAGGACCCAAAAGAAUCUUACAUCAGAUGAUCCAAAAUUGGUACCAACUGCAUCAUAGGUCAAACAAUUGAUCGAGGAAGAACUGACUGUUAUGUUUGUGUUGGAAGGAAGUGAAGAGGCUUUUCACCCGGGGCUACUUGACUACUCAAAAAUGGUAGUGCUUCUUGAAAAUCCAUUAAGGUUAGUAAAAUCUCCACAAGGACCGGAUGGGUGCGGAGAGUUUGGAUGAGGAUCUAUCAUUUAUACAGUGAUCAUGAUCAUUCUGUAAUUCUUGAGUGAGCACUUUGUAUUCAUGGGGUCGUAGAACAUUCUCUCUCAACAACUGCAUUGUAAAUUUAUUUUUGUAGUAGUUGUUGAAGCAAAAGCGAGUUCUGGAUUUCUAAGUCUGCGACUCCUCUUAUUCAAAUAUUUAAGCUGCACAUCUUCCAGUGAUCAGGUUCUCAGUCUGAAAUGAUGUUUUUUAUUUUUGCUAA